AUGGCUAAUAAUGAGUUUUUACCGCUCUGUGAUGUACUUUUCAACAUCAUUUCCUUACUUUGGUAUUUUUGUAAUGUAGUUUUUGAUUUAGUUUUCUCUUAUGCCCUUUUCAACCAUCAAAAAUUUAUAUGGUUUUGUGCUAGUCUUUCAUGUAUAGUUUUAUCUCUAGUUGUUAAUCAAAUAAUUAGCCUUCGUUUUUAUUUUAAAACUUUUCAAUAUAAAAGUAUUUUAAAUUCCAAAAAUUCUUCUUUAAAAAGGUCUUUAAUUAUACUCAUACAUUUAAUUCAAUGUGGUGUUUUAUGGAGGUAUAUCAAAUUAUUUAUUCCAGUGGACAUAAGAUAUGUAAAACAGGAAGUCAGAGACCUUUGUUUGUUAAGAUUAAUACAUGCUUUCUGUGAAGCUGCUCCAUUAUUAUUAAUGCAGUUAUAUUUAUUGUUCAAGGAACCUGGAACAAGUGAAAUAAAAAAUUUAAUAUUAGUAUCAUCUGUACUUAGCUUAUUUUCUAUGUGCUGGGCAUUGGCAUCAUUCAGUAAAAAUGUACGAUUGCAAAAUGUACACAGACUUGUCUUUACUUGGCUGGGAGUUAUAUUUCAGCUGUUUUGGAGACUGGGCACUGUCGGUUCUAGAGUAGUUGCUUUAACUCUUUAUGCCUCUCUUUAUGGGAAGUGGUUAUUUUUAGUUCUUGGUUUGCAUUGGAUGUCAAUGUUUUUAUGGCUUAUUUCACCAAAAAAUGUAUUUCAUGGUGAAAAAAUAUCAAAACAUAGAAAAAUUGUACUAGCCAUAUUAAUUGCCUUUGUUUAUAUUUUUUCCUACAUAAAUUUACAGCAGCUAAAUCAUCGGCAAAAAAUGGCUACUUUUUAUACGGUGAUGUUACUGGAGAAUACUCUGUUGGUGGCAGUAUGGCUUGCUGAAGUUUGGCCUGAUUUUAAUUUUUUAGUUCCACUUUUAAUUUCUAUUUCUUUUUUAGGAGGCCUAUGUUUUAUGGGAUUAUAUUAUAAAAUAUUUCACGUUCGAAGGCUCGCAUAUUGGUCUGGAGGACGAGAUAUUGGGUGUGAAUAUAAUGGAAAUAACACUUCCACCACAAGAUUGCCAAAUAAUAAUGUCAGAGCAAAUGAAAAUGCCGGGCAAAAAAAUGAUUUGAACAAACUUUUUGGUCAAAACUUAUCCCUCAAUUACCACGAAAAAAUUCCAGGAGUAUUUAACUGCAGAUUUUCUUCUCCAUAUGCAAAUACGGCAAAAAGAAAGAAGAAAAAACCGACAACUUUUGUUCCACCUCCGUCCGUUAUUAUUUUACCUAAUUCAAUAAAAUCCUGCAACAAUUCGGAAAAUGAACCACAGCAAAAUGCUGAAAAUAAAGGAUAUGAUUUUUUAAUGCAUACAAUUGAAAUUAAUCCAGAUAAAUGCGUGCCUUUUUGGAAACGUCCUUUAUCCAGCAACAGCAACAGGGAAAAAGGUUUGUGGGAAACCGAAAAUAACAGCAUCGGCUCCAAAGUUAACAUUCAACACAAACUAAAAGAAAAAAAACAAAAACAAUUGGCUGAAUUAAAAGUGAUUGAAGAAGAAAUAAAACAGGGGAAAAUUGAAAGAACGAGUUUAAGUGCUGCAAACGUUCCUCAUUCAUCAUUACAGCCGAUUCCUAGAACCAAAAGACAUAUAGAGUCGUUUAUUCUUAAUCCCACUAAACCAUUGUCUACGUCAUUGUACGAUUUUACGUAUCAUUUGCUACCGCCUCCAGUCCGAUGGGAACAUUCCAGAGUCGAAACUCCAGAAAUUGUUUUAGCUCCACAUUUUUUAGAUAAUGAUAAAUGGGAAAAAUUUAAAUCGUAUACAUACUCAAUAUCCGACGAUGAUCAAAGUGAAUUAGAAAACAAAGGAAACGAUAUUUCCGGUACAACAUCAAAACGACAUAAUAAAAUGUCUUCAGAUGUUGACAGUCAAAUGUCUUUGCCACGAUCUUUUACACUCCCUCGGGAAUUCAAAUAUUGUAAAAUAAGCUGA